ACCGGUUCUGACUGGCCCCCUCUGGAAGUCCAGUACCGUACAGCGCCUGUAGGGAGUGGACAGAGAAGUCAUGACUCUGACAGAGAAAGAAAACGAAGAUAACAGAAACGGAGCUGGGAAGAGCGAGAAAGACCAGGGCUGGAUUCCAAAGAUUGUAAAGAAAAAAGCCUGUACAACAUUUUUGGAGGAUCCCCUCAGUAAUGGAGACCUGUGUCAGUGCGGGGGUGAGCGAGCGCUUCAUGGCUCUGUGGCUACAGGUGAUUAUUUUGGCUCUGCUGUGGUCAGUAAGUGGGACUCCGCUGUGCACACAUCCGAAUAUCCUACCGAUGCCUUCGGAGAGCUGGAGUUUGCCGGGGCCAGACGCAGACACAGUCAUUUUUUGCGUCUGUCCUGUGACACUCCCGCAUCGCUCGUCUACACCCUGAUGACGGUUCAUUGGGGGCUGCCAGCGCCCAACCUGGUGGUGUCUGUGGUGGGCGGGGUGGGCAAGGAGAAGGUGAAGAGCUGGGUCAGAGACGUGCUGAGGCAGGGUCUGGUACGGGCCGCUCAGAGCACAGGUGCGUGGAUCAUGACUGGUGGUAUGAGGGAAGGAGUAGGCCGCUGUGUGGGUGAAGCGGUGCGGGAUCACGUAGCUGCAGCCUCGUCUAUUUCCCAGUCUAAAGUUGUUGCUCUGGGCGUGGCUCCCUGGGGCAUGGUAGCCAACCGCAAACAGCUAAUCAAUGAACAGGGAAGUUUCCCAGCAAGAUAUUACGUUCAGAAUAUAUCAGAAGACUCCUACUAUCUGGACAAUAACUACCAGGCCUUCCUGCUGGUGGAUGAUGGGAGUAUAGGCCGCAGGGGUGGGGAAACGAACUUUAUCACGCACCUGGAGGACCACAUAUCCCAUCAGCGCACCGGAAUCUGGGGUAGUGGUAACAUUGAGAUCCCAGUCUUGUGCAUGCUGAUAUCUGGAGAGGCUUCUGUGUUGAAGAGAGUGGACAUGUCACUGAAGACAGCUACACCGUGGUUGGUGCUGGACGGGUCUGGUCCAGCAGCAGAUAUGAUCACUGAGCUGUUGAGUGACCUGAGCCCCACAUCGUCCCCUGGGGACGGAGAGGGCCGUGACAGCUCCGGCGCUGAGCAGAGAGAGAGAGUCAAAGAGAUCGUCAAGAAGCACUUCCCCACCGAGAAAGCACUAGAUAAACUUGUGGACCAGGCUGUCAGCAUCUAUCAGAACAGAUCUUUGAUCACAGUGUUUCAUGGAGAUCAGGAUGGCCCUGAUGAUUUUGACACGGUCAUUCUGAAAGCUCUGGUCCGAGCCUGUAAGCAGGUCAGUAGUGAUGCCAGUGAGUACACAGAGGAGCUUAAAUUGGCUGUAGCCUGGAACAGAGUGGACAUUGCCAAGAGUGAGCUGUUCAAUGGCGACAUCCAGUGGCAGUAUGAAGACCUGGAGGACUUAAUGACAGAUGCUCUGGUAAACAAUAAGCCCCAGUUUGUGCGCCUUUUCACAGAAAACGGUCUGAACAUCCUGCAGUACCUGACGUACAAGCGUCUGGAGAGUCUGUACCAGUCUCUGCCUGACAGCACUCUAGUCUACACACUGCUGCAGAAGUGGCUGAAGGAACGGGACAACCUCGCUGCCUCGCACCACAGCUCCCCUGACUCGGCUGAUGGAAACUGCAAAAAAUCCCCCAAGGUGUCCCCCCAUGCCAAGGGGCUCAGCCUGUAUGAGGUUUCACGAUUGUUAGAGGAAAUUUUUGGAGGAGUGUGUCAACCCUUUUAUUACACAGUGCUCGGCCUGGAGCUGGGAGUCAGCACCAGGAAAGCUGCAAAGUAUGUGAAUAAGCUGCAGCAGGGUGAUGGGGCGUACGGAGAGAAGCCAUGUGCCUACCCCUGGGCUUCACUCUUUAUCUGGGCUGUUCUGCAGAACCGCCGUGAAAUGGCUUUGUAUUUCUGGGAGAUGACGGGAGAGUCUGUGCUGAGCGCUCUCAGUGCGUGUAAAAUCCUCAGGGAGCUGUCGAAGCUGGAAAAUGAGACAGAGAAUAAGUUUUCAUUGAAGGAUCUUGCACAGAAGUUUGAAGAACAGGCCCAUGAUGUGUUCAGCGCCUGUUACCAGAGCAGCGAGAAUCGCUCCUUCACUCUGCUCAUCAGAACCUCCCCAGUGUGGGGCGGAGUCACCAGUCUGCAGAUGGCCGUGGCAGCUGAUGCUCGUCUCUUCUUUAGCCAUGAUGGAGUUCAGACUCUGCUGUCUAAGAUCUGGUGGGGGGAUAUGAGCAGCAGGACGGAAGUAUGGAAACUGGUCAUCUCAUUUCUGUUGCCACCUCUCAUCUACACAAACCUCAUCACUUUCAGGGAUCAUGAGGUCAGACACACAGACAGCCUGGAAGGACCAAACACAACAGCCCUCUCGAUGGCAGACCUCACCCAACACUUGGAGGAGGACAGCAGGCCUGAUGAUGGCCAUCACGGUGCAGAUACAGACAACGUAGAUGGAGAGCUGGAAACCAUACCCUUAUCUGUCGCUGACCUCACACAAUUGGAAGAGGAUGCUGAGGAACGUGCUCCUAAAGGGUCGAAAACUGACACUCCCAAACAUCCUUUCAUACUACAUCGAUGGCGGCAGUUCUGGUUUGCUCCGGUUACUUCAUUUCUGGGAAAUGUGUUGAUGUACUUCCUCUUCCUCUUCCUUUUUGCUUAUGUUCUGUUGAUUGAAUUCAAGCCUCCACCACCAGUUGGCCCUGCAACCGUUGAGUUUGUUUUGUACUUUUGGAUAUUCACUCUGGUCUGCGAGGAGAUUCGACAGUCUUUUUUUACAGGCAGUACAGGUUUUUCUCAGAGUAUGAGGCUAUAUAUCCAAGACAUGUGGAACAAGUUUGACCUCACAGCCAUCUCGCUGUUCUGUCUUGGGCUCAUCUGCAGGUUGUUCCCUUGGUCUUAUGAGUUUGGGCGUUCAGUGCUGUGUGUGGAUUACAUGGUCUUCACUCUUAGACUCAUUCACAUCUUUGCCAUUAACAAACAACUGGGACCCAAAAUCAUCAUUGUUGGAAAAAUGGUUAAGGAUGUAUUCUUCUUUUUGUUCUUCCUCGGAGUCUGGCUGAUGGCUUAUGGGGUGGCUAAUCAGGCACUGUUGUACUCUUAUGACCCAAGACCUUAUUGGGUGUUUCGCCGAGUCUUUUACAGGCCGUACCUGCAUAUCUACGGGCAGAUUCCACUGGAUGAAAUAGACGCUCAUAAAAGAGGAGAGAAACCAUGCACAAACAAUGUGACCCUUAUCCAUGAGGGGGCGGAGCCAUGCCCACAGUCUGAAGCUAACUGGCUGGUGCUCAUCUUGUUGUCUGUGUAUCUCCUGGUCACCAACGUCCUGUUGCUAAACUUGCUCAUUGCGAUGUUCAGCUACACAUUUAGCAAGGUCCAGGAACACAGUGAUGUGCACUGGAAGUUCCAGCGAUACAACCUGAUAGUUGAGUAUCAUUCCCGACCAUGCCUUGCGCCGCCCUUCAUAAUCAUCUCCCACCUGCACCUCUUCAUCAAGAGGAAUAUUCGCAAAGUGCCUUCUGUCAAGAUCAAACACUUCAUGUUGGAGCUCCGAGGCAGGAUGGCCAAUAGGCUGAAUACAUGGGAGGCAGUGCAGAAGGAGAAUCUUCUCUCCACACAAAGCAAGAAAGUGCGGGACAGUGACACUGAGCGGCUCAAACGCACUUCUGCCAAGGUGGACAACGUACUGAAGCAGAUGGCAGAGAUUCGAGACCAUGAUCGCAGGCUGAGAAUGCUGGAGUCUGAAAUGGAGUUUUGCUCUAGUUCCCUCUUGUGGAUAAUGGAAGGAUUAGCUCAGAGUAACCUGAUCAAACAGACACGUCCUCCUCCUCUUCACAGAGACGCUGUCCCAACCUCCCCCUCUUCCCCGAGCUGAGCAAGCUGAUGGAGCAGUGCUUAAAGGAGCCUCAAACCAAAGGAGCUACUGGACAGCUAACACACACACUCAGGCAUGCACUGAUAUUUAGGUUCUCUCACUCUUGUGGUCAGAGAAAUGAAAGAGGCACGUCUUGGAGUCUGUUGUGUUUCAGAUUUUUUAUAAAUAUUAUCUGCUUUUUUCAGAAGUGCUGUUGAUUUUCUUGAUGGGAUUAUGUCUUCUUAACCAUUCCUAAGGCUGUCCCUGUGAAAAUUAAUUUUUCAUUCCUUUUUUUAAAUUCAAGUUAUUGUAAUGGCAUGUGAUACACUGCCAUGAAACACUGUGAUAGACAAAUGUAAUUUUAUAAAUUCCUUUGUGUUUAAGGGUGAAGGGGUUUUUAAUGUUGAGAGUGAAAUUAACUACAGGGUUCCCACACAUACUGAAAAACAGUUGACCAGUUGUCAUGGAAAACAUGGAAAAUGAGAGAAAAAGUAAAAUGUUCUGGAAAACUU